AUGGCGCCCUCCCUCCGGUUGCUGAGCGACUGCGAGUUGGGUGAUGAUUCGGCAGUGGGUUUGGAGAUCGCGGCGGACCUUCGUGAGGGCGAGGCUGCCGUGGCCCAGGCGCGCGAGCGCUGUCUCAGCCGACUUGCCGCGGAGGUUUUGGCGCCCCUGGACCAGAGACUCGCCACUCACGAACAGGUUCGUGAGGCCGUGCGCCAACGUCAGCGCCUGGCGAAAUUCUCGACUUCGGCGCGGAUGGAUGUUGCCAUGCUUCGCAAGGGUGAGGUGUCGGAAACUGGAUUGCGGUCGCUGAGUGGCCUCGGCGGACCGCUGGAGGAAGCUGAGGCACGAUUGAAGGAUGACAUGCAGCGGGCUUCCGAGCCUGACGAGCAGGUUUUCCUGCAGCUCACGCAGCUGAAAGCUACGAGCAUCGACUGCAUCAAGAACCCCUGGGCUGCACUGGUGCAGAUCCAAUCGGAGUACUUCAUGGCACAGCAGGUCGCCUGGGCUCCCUUAGGCGAGGCCUUUGACGACUAUGGCGGCCUUCAGAGUGUCCGCGUGACCUGA